UCAAAUUUGGAGGUGGUUCGAACAGUUCGCUGGAUAUCUUUGAUGUUCCUCUCAAGGAGAACACAGUGGAGUUUCUUUGGCACGAUCCCUCUAUAUCUAGUGGAACCUAUAGUGGUGCCUUUUACUAUAACAACUAACCUUAAUCCAUUUUAUAGCGUUUUUCUCUAUUGCUGUCAUUUCAUUUAUUCCAGUCUUGAAUAAUAAUGUAAAGUAAUAUCAACUUGUAAGGGACUUGUAUUUAUAAUAUUGGCUCAUCCAGUCAUGUCGUCGAUUUUUGACUAACAUGGAAUUAAGAAAGUAAGAGGAGAUGAUUCUGUAUGCUUGUCCAGUCAUUUCUAAUGAUCUUGAAGAGGGGGACACUUUCCACCCGCGAAUAAAUUAUGUAUCUGGUGUCUUUGAAAAUGACAGGGAUGCGAUUCUCCGCUGACACUUCCCACAACGAUGUUGUAGGUCUACUUCAUUGCUAGUAGUUUUCACUUCCUUUAUAUGUUGCCAUUCGAGCGCUCUUCUUUAUCCAUCAUGGCCUGCAUAAUGAAGCUUUACAAAGCUUUGAAGGAUGCGGCAAUUAGCCAUCAAGUCCUGUUGGCAAUGAUUUUCAUACAGUUUGGUUUUGCAGGGAUGACCUUAAUAUCAAAGGCAGCGCUAAAUGCUGGGAUGAACCCUUUAGUGUUCAAUGCCUAUCGGCAAAUGAUUGCCACACUUGUGUUGGCGCUCCUUGUUCUCUUGAUGGAGAGGAAGAAGAGCGGAUCGCUGUCAUUCAGCCUCUUCUGCAAGAUUUUUGUAGCUGCUUUAUUAGGGCCAACAUUGAGCUUGGAUCUAUACUACGUGGCGCUCCAUUUAACCUCAGCAACAUUUGCAGCUGCUAUUCUCAAUUCCAUUCCAGUUAUCACAUUUUUCUUAGCUAUCAUUAUGGGGUUGGAGGCUGUAGGUUGGAGAUCAUUCUAUGGUGGACUCAAGAUCCUUGGAAUAGUCAUAACUGUUGGAGGAGCCAUGCUGCUUAGCUUCUACCGAAGACCUACGACGAGACAUCCUAACUCGUCAAGUUCUGGCAGCAACGAUGGAACAUUCUUUGUUAAUAAAUUGGAGGGUAGAACGAGAUCGAUCUUAGGACCUGUUCUAAUGUUCCUUUCUGCCAUAGCUUGGUCAACAUGGCUUGUCGUUCAAUCAAAAUUGCUAGAGCUUUAUCCAGCCAGGUUACGCCUCUCCACUCUACAGUGUCUCAUCAGUUCUGUGCAAUCUAGUAUUAUAGCUGCAGCCUUGGAGCGAGAACGUAACUCAUAUAAGAUAAGAUGGGAUAUUCAACUUGCUUCCCUUGCAUAUUGUGGUGUAUUCGUAACUGGGGCUGCAUAUGGACUCCAAAUUUGGUGUAUAGAGAAGAAAGGGCCGUUUUACGUUUCCGUGUUUUCUCCACUUGCAUUGGUUUUAACUGCCAUCUUCUCAGCAAUUUUUUGGGCUGAACGAUUGAACUGGCAAAGUAUAUUGGGAGCUAUUCUGAUUGUUGGAGGUCUUUAUGGUGUCCUGUGGGGAAGAAGCAAGGCUGAGAAACAAGAAAUACAUAAUGGUGAAUCUCCAGCAGAGCAAUCUCCAGAUAUUGAAAAAAACUGACUGUUUUCUGUGCUUGUGUGUUUCUCUCAUAUAUAAAUUAGUGUAGCAAGUUAUAUCUAGUAAAUUCCUACUCAGACUGACAAUAAAUUUCCUUUUCUUAA